AUGCCUGACCUGAACUCCCUACCUCCAUCCUCUCCAGCAUCCUUCUCUAGAGCCAUGUCAUCCUCAAAUAACAGUGACAACGCUGCCGUUCCUCGGGGCGAGUCGCCGUCCUCGUCACCCAGAGCUAGUAUCUCUCUCCAGGCGGCUGCCACCGUCAAUGCCGGCCUACAACAUGAAACCUCUCGAAGAGGCUCUUCCAGCAGCUCUCUCGCACGGAACCGACAGUCCCCUCACUCAAGUCGUCGACGGUCCCAAGUCCUCAUGAACCUACAAAUGAACGAUCCCUCGGUACCCGCCCCGGGAGAGAUGUUGUCCGACACAAACCCCAGCAGCCAGGUGACUGCGAGCCCAACAAUCACAGCCUCGCCUCUCCCAGUUAGCAGUGAUCCACAUCAUCAUCGGCAGCCAAGUUUGGGAGAGCUCCAUCAAGAGCUCGAGGCCGAGCAGGAGGCUCAAGUUAACCGCCUCCUGGGUAUGAUCAGACACCAACAACUCCAAAUUCAGCAGCUCCAGUCGCAACAGCCGCAGAGUCAGUCAGCAGUCACGGGAGACGAGGCCUCGGAUAGAUCGGUGCCGGCGCCUGCGCAGCCUAUUCCCGUGCCCGGUGCCGCACCACCAUCGGUUGCUGCCGCUUUCUCGCCCUCCGGAUCGCUACCGCGAUCGCCUGUCCUCUCCCAUCCCCGAAGCUCGUUCGACAUGGCGCGUGCCGACCUUCAGCGCCGGUCUAGAACCCCAAGCCGAGGUGCCUCGCCCCGCCUGCGAUCUACGUCGAUUAGUGCGGACAGCGGUGAUCCAUGGCUUCUGGGCGGUCGAGAUGAGAAUGCUUUCUACCAGGCUGAAACUCAGAUGCUGGUGCGUGAGAAUCAAAUGCUGCGCCACCGUAUUCGAGAACUGGAGCGCCAGCUGUCAGAGAUGGGCGGCCCUAGCAGCCCUACCACAGCACAUGAGCCAACACAGCACUCUCAUUUGGGACGCUCAACCUCGAUAUCAGAGGAGGAGUCCACGUCUGGAGCGACCCGUGCGACAGCCUCGUCGAAUCCUCUGCCGACCGUUGCAGAUGCACCCAAGGAGGAUUGA